GCCAAAUUUUAUCAGUCAUUCGUUUUAGUAAAGAAGUUUGUGAUAUUUAUCAUAUGGUCCAUACUUUUAAACAAAAAUAUAUAACAUAAAAAACAUUAUACUUUUCCAAAAAUAUUAUAUGAUUACAAAUGUUCUAUGAAAUAAUUCAUUGUAUAUUUGUGUUUCUAAUUGUGUGAUAGUCUGGGAGAGACUACAGAAGUUUGUGAUAAGGAAUCCAUGGUUUCCGGAGAUGGUCUGUAAAGAAGACAUCCUGUUAUGGUUCAAGGAGUCAGCUAGUUAUAAGCGUAUCGAUGUCAUAUGCAAUCUUUUAAAUAUGUGUAUACCAUUCGAGUUACGAUUUGUGGGUACAUUUGUGGAAACAAUAGGAAAACAUUCCUAUCAAGAGCUACGUGGUGCUGAAUUAAAAGCAAAUAAUCCAUCAGAAAUAGCAGCUGAAGUGGCUGCUGCAUCUGGACUUAAUGAUGGCACUUUUCGAAGGAAAAUUACAUUAUAUUUAUCGUUGUUACAUUCAUAUAAUCACACAUGUGCAAAAGGUAUAUUUGAUAUAUUGACUAGCUCAGAUUUAGGGGAAAUUUUAACAAAAGGUGGAACAAAUUCACCUGGCGAUGGUAAUAUAUUAGAAGAAUUAUUAUUAUUGUACACAAUGGCUUUAAAUCAUCCAGCAUUUACGUUUGAACAACACACUUGUUUGGGAAAGAUACUUAUGCAACUUUUAGAAGAAGAGAAAAUGAUACAUCCACAACCUAUACCUACGUUUUCAGUUCCUAUACAACGAGUUCCACAUACAUUACCCAAAAAUUUUGUUGUUGUUAAAACACCUGUACUAGAGGAAGUACCUCCAACUUCAGGUCCUAUUCCAUUACCUGGACCACCACCUGGAAUACCUCUAGCACCUACUGGUCGGGAACAAAUGAUACAACAAAUUCCAUGGGGUCCACCACCUCCUAAUCCCCCUUCACCACAUUUUGUUCAUACUCAAGAAUCUCCAGUUCACAGUCGUACAGGAUCACCAGUGAAUACUGGACCACCUAUACAUCCAGCAACACGACCACAACAGAAUGCACACUUAUCAAGGCGACCGCCCCUUUUUCAAAACAGACAGGAAAUACCCAAUAAAAAAAUGGUUAAUUGUAUUGAGGAUAAAGAAGGUGAUUUACCUUCUGGUGUAAAUCCGUCAUGGCGUUCAUCAUCAACACGUUGUCAAAAUGGUAUUCGAAAUUGUAGUGGGAGAACAAAUGUUAUUCCUCCAGUGAAUUGUACUCAACAACAUUUAUAUUGUACUGCUCAAUUAGAAGCAUUGAAUCUAGAUCCAGAGGCAUCUAAUCGACAUUGUUCAAGUUCAAGUGAAAGUGGUCGGUCAAGUACAAGUCACUCGCCGCCGGGUACACCACACACACCAGGUCGACGAAAAUCUGAUACAAAUCGGCCACGUAUGAACGGUCGAGUAUCAUCAAAUCCGUCAGCGUCUGAGGUCACAUCAACUCCACCACCUCAAACCGUGUUCACACAAACACAAAAUGUACCUUACACGGUACACGGUACAACCGCAUAUACGAUACCACCGACAUUUGCGGCGAAUCGUUCAACAAUGUUUACGUACCCACAUCAAAGUUACCGUCCGCCACCUUUUAAUUACCCACCGAAUGGUGAACUUGUGUAUCCAUAUCCGGCACCAUUUAUGCCGUUAAUAGCGUAUCCGAGUCAAGUAAUACCACCAAAGUUAUCAUGUUGGAAUUGUGGUGCAGCGGGACAUACCGGCCAUGAUUGUACAGAACCAACGAUAGAAGAAAUUACUAGGCCGGGUAAUUAUCAAAUUGACUUCUCAACGUCGAAUACUACAACACCUCCAGAUUGUUCUACGGAUAAGUAACAUCUACCUAAAAAAAAACUCUAUUAAAGAGUUCUAAUCGGUGGUUAAGAAGACGACUUUAUUCGAAUUAGAUUUAUAUAGCUAACUAGUCUAAAGACAAUUGAACACUAUUGUCUGUGUGCCAGAAUGAUAUUUACCAGUGACAAGGUGUGUGUCUAAUCAGACGUUUUUGUUUCAAGUUUACAAUUUUAAUGCACGGAUUAUUUCGAUAAUAGUGUAAAUAUUUUGUACAUAGUUGAUAGUUAUUUUACUUGGUUCAAAUCAAUUUUGGUAUUUCUGUUUAUUUGAUAACAAAAAAAACUAGCAUUAUUUUCUCUUUUAUAAGUAAUUAUUUGGAAUGAUUCGAAUACGUCUACGACUCGUUAUAGUAAGCAGUCACUUUAUUUAAUAGAGGAAGUAAAUAAGGUAAUUUAUAUAAUUUUAAGUGAAUUACAUGUUUAUGAAUUGUUAAUAUAACAAUUUUUGCGUAAAUGGGGUACAAUUAAGGUGUUUCUCAAAUCAAAUUUCCUUAUAAGGAACACAAGGAAUUUCGGCAUAUAACUCUUAAUUAAUUGAAUAACUAAAUAACACGAGGAGGGGGGGUGUGUAGUAAAACACUUUGAAAAUAAUGUUAAAUUAAUUUUAAAUAGCAGCUUGCUUUGUUUUUGAAUAUACAAGACUUGCAAUAUCUAUUUUAGUCUUGCUCUACACCAAUCUGUAUAUCUCUAAAAGAGGAUGUAAAUAGAAAAUGGGUAUGAAGCUUUUAUAAUUAAGGUGGUCCACAAAAGUAGGUGUUUUAUGUAUGAAUGAAAAAUCGCUGUUUUUUUCCAAAAUAUAUAAUUUCUCAUUUAACUUAAU